GAGACUGGGAUUGAGUCCGAUGAUGAUAGGGGUGCGGGAAACGUGUGAACGAGCAAGCGUCGGCAAAAUGGAUUCACAGGGAAGAGUAGUUAUUGAAAUUAAGAAUAUUCAUUGGAUCAAUUUCAAGACAAAUAAUCCAAGUCAGACUGGCUGCUGCUGAACAAAUUUUUAAUGAAGGAAAACAUCCAUAUAUUGAAAUCAGACUUUAAGAAGGAAGUCCUAAAAAUAUAUUUAUACAGUGAAAUCUAGAAAAAUAAUCUAGGGAGGACACUACGCUUGCCGCUUCACCACUUUAAUAUCUUAGUUGGAUGUUGAACUGGCGAAAUACGUUUUUUUUUCUCUCUUAGGGAGUCACAAAUCACAUUGAACCAAAAAACGUCCAGCAUUUUCUUCCAUUACAAGCGCAAUGAACAUUCCCAUACUGCUCCAGUGUCCUCACCAGCACUUCCUAAAAGGCCUUUUGAGAACACCUUUCCGACGUUACCACUUCGUCUUUCACCCAAGUCCUCACCUCGGCUCUGGAAUCCCAUGUGCUCAGCUGCUCAGUUCUCCUGGACUCCAUUGUGCAAAGUGGAUGCUGCCAUCGAAUGGUUUACCAAGAAAGUUAUGUCUGCAAACAACCUUAGAGGGACACACAGAAGGACUUUCUGAUAAAGAACAAAGACUUGUGGAUAAGCUCUAUGCUGGUUUAAUCCAAGGCCAAAGGGCCUGUUUAGCGGAGGCCAUAACUCUUGUAGAAUCAACACACAGCAGGAAAAAGGAGUUAGCCCAGGUGCUUCUUCAGAAAGUAUUAGCCCACCACAGAGAACAAGAAAAAUUAAAUAAAGGAAAACCACUAGCAUUUCGAGUAGGGUUGUCUGGGCCUCCUGGUGCUGGAAAAUCAACCUUCAUAGAAUAUUUUGGAAAAAUGCUCACUGAGAGAGGACACAAAUUAUCUGUGCUGGCUGUGGACCCUUCUUCUUGUACCAGUGGUGGAUCACUCUUGGGUGAUAAAACCCGAAUGACUGAGUUAUCUAGAGAUAUGAAUGCAUACAUCAGGCCAUCCCCUACUAGAGGCACUUUAGGAGGUGUGACGAGGACCACAAAUGAAGCUAUUCUUCUGUGCGAAGGAGGCGGAUAUGACAUCAUUCUUGUUGAAACUGUGGGUGUGGGACAGUCAGAGUUUGCUGUCACUGACAUGGUUGACAUGUUCAUUUUACUCCUACCGCCAGCAGGAGGAGAUGAAUUACAGGGCAUCAAAAGAGGAAUAGUGGAGAUGGCAGAUCUGGUGGCUAUCACCAAAUCCGACGGAGACUUGAUCGUGCCAGCUCGAAGGAUACAAGCAGAGUAUGUGAGUGCGCUGAAAUUACUGCGCAGGCGUUCAGGAGUGUGGAAACCAAAGGUAAUUCGUAUUUCUGCCCGAAGUGGAGAGGGGAUCACCGAAAUGUGGGAUAAAAUGAAAGAAUUCCGGGAGGUGAUGCUCGUCAGUGGGGAGCUGGCCGCCAAGCGGCAGAAGCAGCAAAAGGUCUGGAUGUGGAGCCUCAUCCAGGAGAAUGUGGUAGAGCAUUUCCGGACCCACCCCGCAGUCCGGGAACAGAUCCCUCUUCUGGAAGAGAGGGUUCUCAGUGGGGGCCUAUCCCCGGGACUAGCAGCAGACCUGUUGUUGAAAGCUUUUAAAAGCAGACACUAAUGAAGUGCAUCCUACACAGUGAUUUUAAUGUAUCUUUGAAUAAAGUAUUUUAAUAUUAAAAGUCA